AUGACGAUCACAUUACCAAGAACCAUAUGGACCCUUGUCAUUUUCCAGCUCAUUCCUGUUUUCCAUUCUGAUAACUAUCGUUGCAGUUUGGAGGUUCUGGAAGUUGAGAAGAUGGAAGGUUUAUCACAAGCCGGAGAUAUUCUAUUCGGAGCCAUGUUGCCUCUUCAUUUAGAUAAAGUUUACCAACAAAUUUCUUUUCGAGAGAGACCACCUAUGACUACCUGUAAAAUGUUUCACCUUGAAACUUAUCAACAGAUCCAAGUUCUGACAUUUGCGACACAAGAGAUAAACAGUAACAUCAAUAUCCUGCCCAAUAUAACUCUGGGGUUCCAGGUUUAUGACUCUUGUAAUGUUCUUCAUUUUGACUUGAGGGGUGCCUUACAAGUACUGACUGGAUCCAGCACAGCUAUCCCCAACUACCGAUGUGCCCAGGAUCACCUCCUCUCUGGUUUCAUUGGACCAGCCUUUUCCACUCACUCCAUUGUUCAAGCUCACAUCUUGGGACUCUAUAAAUAUCCUCAGAUCAGUCAUUUCUCUACGAGUCGUCUUCUGAGUGACAGAAAAAAAUUUCCAUCCUUCUUCAGGACGGUUCCCAAUGACGUCUUUCAGUCCCAAGGACUGUCCGAACUUGUGCUGUAUUUUGGAUGGACCUGGGUGGGCCUUGUGGCUGUCGACAAUGACUAUGGGCAGCAGGGAAUACAGAUGGUCAAACAUGAGAUCACCAAAUCUGGAGCUUGUGUGGCCUUCACCGAAAAUAUUUUAAUAAGUCAAGCAGACCGCAAUGCUCCACGUGUAGUGAAGACCAUCAAGCAAUCGACAGCAAAGGUGGUGAUCCUAUUUUCGACUGAUCUUGAUCUGGUUCCCAUUUUGGAAGAGAUGAUAAAGCAGAACAUAACAGGAAAAACAUUUUUGGCUAGUGAAGGGUGGUCUACAUCAACCAUAUAUUCCGAUGAGAAAUUUUCACAGCUUCUGCCUGGUACCAUCGGUCUGACUUUCUUCAGUGGCAUUGUUCCGGGAUUUGAAGAUUUUAUAUAUAACGUCACACCAUUCAUGUCUUUAGGUCAAAACUGGGCAAGACUAUUUUGGAGAGACACAUUCGGCUGCACAGUCAUAGACAAUAGAACAAAAAUAAGUUAUUUGGAGACUGUAGAAAAACAAUGCAAUGGGAAAGAAACUCUACGUAGUGUCCAGAACAGCUACACUGAUGUCUCCAACCUAAGGACCACCAACAAAGUUUACAUUGCAGUAUCUGCUUUAGCCAAAGCUCUGGAAGAUCUUAGAAUGUGCAGAGACAAUAAAUAUCUAUUGCACCAAGGCUUUUGUACAGACAUUUGGAAUUUCACACCAUGGCAGCUUCUGUAUUAUAUGAAGAGGGUGAGAUUGACGCUGAACGGUGGGAGAGAAUUCUACUUCGAUGAGAAUGGGGACCCUCCAGCCGUCUAUGACAUUGUGAACUGGCAACUGAGCCCUGAAGGAACCUUACAGCAGGUCAAAUUUGGGAGUUAUGACAUGUCGACCCCAGAGGGUCUUGUGUUUACCAUCAACUCAAGUGCCCUAUUAUGGGUCACGGGAGACCACCAGAUGAUCCUUCUGAUGAUUUAUCCUUUACUUCCACAAUGUUGGUUGUAUCUUUCAGAUGCCCUCGAUUGCUUCAAGUGCCCAAGUGAUCAGUGGCCAAAUCCUCAGAAAUCCAAGUGCGUUCAGAAGCCUAUCGAUUAUCUGUCCUAUGAAGAGCCAUUGGGUAUCACCUUGACGACCACCAGCAUUGUGUCAUCUUUGAUCCCGAGUUUCAUUUUGAGACUAUUCCUCCAAUAUAAAAACAGCCCCAUAGUCAAAGCCAACAAUUUAUCUUUGAGUUGUCUUCUUCUCACAUCUGUGUCCUUGUGUUUCCUCUGUUCCUUAGUUUUUAUUGGCUACCCUCAGCUCGCCCAGUGUCUCUUCCGCCAAGUUACAUUUGGCUUAGUGUUUACCCUUUGCAUCUCCUGCAUUUUGGCUAAAACCAUUUUGGUUGUCUUUGCAUUCAUGGCUACCAGACCAGGCACCGGUCUGAAAAAAUGGACAAGUCCUCAAGCAUCCUACCUGAUUAUUUUUAUGUGUUUUGUAAUUCAGCUGAUCUUUUGCAUUGCUUGGCUCUCUCUCGCUCCGCCAUUCCCACAAUACAAUUUUCAAGUUCAAUCCGUUCUCAUUGUUGAGUGCAACGAGGGGUCACCCAUCGCCUUCUGGACCAUGUUGGGUUAUCUAUUUCUUCUGGCCACUAUAAGUUUCAUUAUGGCCUUCUUGGCUCGGAAACUUCCUGAUGCCUUCAAUGAAGCCCAGUAUAUUACGUUUAGCAUGACGGCCUUCCUCACUGUCUGGAUAUCUUAUAUCCCGGCCUCUCUGAGUGCCCAAGGGAAAUAUACAGUGGCUACGGAAAUAUUUGCUAUCCUGGCCUCCAGUUGGGCUUUGGUCAUCUGCAUGUUUGUUCCUAAAUGUUUCAUAUUAUUGUUCAAGCCUCAGAAGAAUACCAGAGAAUAUCUAAUGAAGUCAAAAUUUGUUCUAAAAGCUGUGUAA